AAUUUGAGAAAAGGAAAAUCGGAGGAGUAUAUAUAUAUGAAGGGAGGUUUGGUGUUUAGGGUUUUGUUAAACCGUGUGUGCUUAAUAUCUAAAAGGUUUCAAUAAUUUUCUAAGAGAAUCAAGAAUGUAUCAGAUGUUGGGAAGAGUCUUCAAGCUCUCGUCAUCAGCUCGAAUUCGUGGCCUCUGUUUGAGGAGGCAGGUUCACGAGCAGCGGUUAUUCUCCACUUCGGCGACGCCGUAUCUGCUGCUCCGCAAUAACAACGCGGUGAUAUCCCCCAACGAGAGGCUCGUGAGCAUUGACUUGUUCGAUCCGAGGAAGCAAGAAACGGUGAAGAUCCCAGAGCAGAGGGUGUCGAAGGAGGUCCAAGAGUCGGUGACCAUAGGAUCGUCGAGGGGAUGGGUGGGCCUGAAGAACAUACACGAUUCCAGUGUACGACUCACCAAUAUCUUCAACCCUUCUUCUUCUUCACCCAAGGUUGUGUCCCUGCCUCCUCUGGGUGUCGACAUUUCCAGAGCUAAAGUUUCCAGCCUCUCUCUCUCAGCAUCCCCAGACGAUGAAGGAGGUGAUUGUGUGGUAGCGGUCAGUUUCUUUUCCCCGAUGCUAGGUCUAUGUCGUCCUGGUGAAUCCGAGUGGACAUACAUCAAGAUCCCCCAGGCCAUGCCCAUCUCAAAGGUCAUGUAUUCUGUCACAGACAAGCAAUUCUAUAUUAGCACCGAGUCUAGCCCAGCUGAAACUGGUCUGAUCACCAGUAGCCCCAAAUUUCCUCCGGUAAGCCCCUACCCGAGAUUGCUUACACAUCAGAGUUCAGAGCUUCUCAAUCUGUCUACAGAGCUCAUGGAUCUGUCUUGUUACGCCACGCCAUACUUGGUGGAGACACCUUCCGGCGAAUCUUUAAUUGUUUUCUGGGUCAGGGAAAGCUUCGACCGUGAGAAACUCCGCGACAAAACCACCAGGAAUACCAAGAGUUUUAUCGUCUUUAGGCGAGACCAAGAAGAGCUCAAGACUGGAUCUUUUACUCGCGACAUUGGCAACCUCUGCAUUUUCCUGGGCAAGAAUGAGGCUUUUUGUGUCUCCGCUACGGACUACCCUGGUCUACAGCCAAACUCUGUCUACUUUGGAGACUUUGACACCGGCUUCGGCUUCUACGCCCUUGCCUCCCUUACCCUCCAUGACCUCACCGAUUCCGCCCCCGAGUCCAUCCACUACAUGUGGCUUGCCCCUCUCCAGUAACUCUGUUGUAGCAUCCCUCUGUUGUUGUAGCCAUAUAUAUCCGGUUUCCGACUCUCUUAUCUCUCCGGUUUGUCUUCUUUAAUAGUUUUAUUGACCAAUAUCUCUCUAUAUAUGGACCCGCUUUAUCUACAUAUGGAGUUUCCUUGCUUUAAUGUUUUAUUGACACACAAUGUGGGCACUUAUGUCUGCUUAAUCUACAUUUUCGAGUUUGCUUUCUUUUAUGUUUUACACACAGUGAAGGUUUCUUGCCUUGUCUUCGUUAA